UUUCAGAGUCACCGAAAACUGGAUUGUAAUGCAGUCACCUUGCCAAUGAUUGGUUAGACGAUGUCUAAUACUAUUGUUUCCUUCCAGGCAGCUAUACCAAUCCUUGCAGUAGGUGGACUCGCUACUUUAUUAACGUUGUUAUUCUGUUGUUAUUUAUGGAGACUUAGAAGACAAGCUGACAGUGAAAGGGGAUUCAAAAGGGUCCGGUUUGCCAAUAAAAAAGAGUUACCGAAUGAUACAUGUCCAGUAUGUCUUGAAGAAUUUUUGUAUGUUGAAGAACUCGGCAUUUGUACAUGUGGACAUAGCUUUCAUACCAAGUGUAUAUCAACAUGGUUGUAUGAAAACAACACCUGUCCAAUGUGUAAUCAACGCGUGAAACCAAAUGAGCGUAGUCGACUUGUUGGUGGUUUAGAAGCACUCAGUCUUUACAGAACAGAAGUGUAGUUGUAUAGAUGCAGGAUUUUGUUUGGGUGUGAACUUGAUAGAUUAUGGAUCUUCAGACUUACCAUAUAAUACUUGAGUUGUCAGAUUCCUGCUACUGAAGAAGUUAUGGGUGGCUCGUUUGAUGAACUACAAAGAAUUUCAUGAAGAAUCCCCUGAAGUUUUUUGUCCAAUAAAAUCACUGUUCCAAGACUUGCAAUAUGUGCAACCCUGUGUGGGGUUCUAAAGAGUUUGUGACGUAUCCACUCCAUUCUCUGGCAAUGAACCGAUGUACUCAAAAUAUAAUACACUGUUCUUUAGAUGACAUCUAUAUAUACCAUAUAAAGGCAUAUUUUACUGCUAUUGUAUUUUCUUAGAGUAAACUGUCCUGUACAGGUUUGAAUCCAUAUAAUGUACUUGUCUCUAUUGGAAGGGCAUAUCCAAUAGUUGGACAUAUAAACUAAAAAUAAUUGCAUACUGGUUGAAUCAUUAAAAUACGACUUAUUUUGAUCAUUAUGUAAGCGCAUUUAAUUGGAAUUUAUUUUCACUCAAGGGAUGAGUAAGUGAAAAAAAAAAUCCAGUGAAAAUACUUUAUUUCAGUGGAAAAAAAUUCAUACAAACAGCCAAUUUAUGUUUGUGUUUUUUCGAAAAUUAAUUCCAGCUAAAAUAAAGUAUUCUACAGUACCACGUUUUUAAACAUUUGAAUGCUAAACUUUGUGACUAUUCACAAAAUAAAUUGGAAUAAUUUUUUCCUUA